GUAGAAAAACAGACAUGUUGUUAAGCUGAGGAAUAGAAGGAUGGAGAAGCUGAGAGACUGAGAGAGAGCCAGUAUGAUCACCUCGUCUUUUCGUCCGGUGGCAUGUCCAGCACUGAGCAGAAUGCUGUCGGCCUCGGCCGUGCAUGCUGGAGCUGAAGGAGUGGGUAAGGCUGAGCAGAGGAAUGGAGUGAGGAGCUUCCAGCAGAUUCCCCACACCGGCAGCAAUGGCUGGAUCAACCUUCUGAGCUUCUGGAGGCAAGGAACAUUUAGCCAGCUGCACAAACACAUGGAGCAGACCUUCCACAUGCUCGGACCCAUUUACAGGCAGUAUCUAGGGUCUCAGUGCAGUGUUAAUAUCUUGCUGCCGGUGGAUAUAGGUGAGCUGUUUCGCUCAGAGGGUUUGUACCCGCGUCGCAUGACCCUGCAGCCAUGGGCCACACACAGAGAGACCCGCAAACACAGCAAAGGAGUCUUCCUCAAAAAUGGAGCAGAGUGGCGUGCUGACCGGCUGCUGUUGAACCGGGAGGUGAUGUUGAGUUCGGCUGUGAAUCGCUUCCUGCCUCUUCUGGAUGAUGUAGCGAGGGAUUUCUGCCAAUUACUGCACCGCAAAAUCCAAACAGAGGGACGAAGGGAGAGCGGGAACCCAAGCCUGACCAUUGACCCCAGCCCUGACCUCUUCCGCUUUGCUCUGGAAGCAAGCUGUCACGUCCUAUACGGUGAGCGCAUCGGCCUAUUUUCCUCUGCACCUUCGCAGGAAUCUGAGCAAUUUAUCUGGGCUGUGGAGCGCAUGCUGGCCACCACAUCCCCCCUCCUCUACCUGCCUCCGCGUCUCCUGCUUCGCCUACAUGCCCCUCUGUGGACCCAACAUGCCACUGCAUGGGACCACAUAUUCAGCCAUGCGGAGACCCGGAUUCAGAAGGGUUUCCAGCGGCUGCAGGCUCAGGGUCAGGUCGCUAGUGCUGCAAAGUCAGGAGAGGGUUCAGUGGGACAGUUCCCAGGUGUGCUGGGACAGCUGAUGGAAAAGGGGCAGUUACCCCUGGAGCUCAUCAGAGCCAACAUCACAGAGCUGAUGGCUGGAGCAGUCGACACGACAGCAGUUCCUCUGCAGUUUGCUCUGUUUGAGUUGGCCCGGAACCCCAGGGUGCAAGAGCAAGUUCGAGCACAGGUGCAGGCCUCCUUUACACAGGCAGCAGGGAAUCCUCAGAAGGCCCUACAGGGGGCGCCACUGCUGAAAGGAACAGUGAAGGAGACACUGAGGCUGUAUCCUGUGGGGAUCACUGUGCAGAGAUACCCCGUCCGGGACAUUGUGCUGCAAAAUUACCACAUACCUGCUGGGACGAUGGUGCAGGCAUGUCUAUAUCCACUAGGUCGGAGUCAGGACGUCUUUCAGGAUCCUGAGCGUUUUGACCCCGGCCGCUGGGGCACAGGUAGUGAGCAGGGGGCAGCAGAAGCAGGCUCCAAAAGAGGGUUCCGCUCAUUGGCGUUUGGCUUUGGUGCUAGACAAUGUGUGGGCAGGAGGAUCGCAGAGAAUGAGAUACAACUACUGCUUAUGCAUAUUCUGAGGAACUUUCGCUUGAGCGUUUCAUCAAAAGAAGAGCUUAAAACCAAAUUUACCCUCAUCCUCCAACCAGAGACUCCACCCACCAUCACCUUUACCUCUCUCGCAAACAGCUAAGUUAUCAAUCAAACAAUCAAUAAAUCAAUAAUUCACACAUUUGAUUUAUUAACAAACAAACUCUCUUGUGUAGAUCCCCAAUCAAAAUCAUCGUUUAACCUGUUUUGGCCUUAAUUACGUACUAAGUGUAUUUGUAGGCCUUUAUACUGAAGUUCAGUCUACAGAUUGUCCUUGACUUCAUUUAGAUCACAUGGCAAGAAUUCAUAAUUCACAUUAAAACAGGUACAAUCAGGGCCCCUAAAGAGAGACUCUCAGAUUGAACUUGAAUAAACCUUGUGGUCUUGUUUUGAACCAAAUAAAUUUUGAUUGUGUAACACA